AUGGCUUUCAAUAAAUUUAACAUUCCAGCUACAGGGCAGAUGAUUCCAUCGCAAAAUCAAGGUAAGCAAGGCUCUCUCUUUUUGGGGAUCCUGGAUUGAUCAGGUGCUGAUGUAUCGAGACCUAACUCAGUCUUGGCGAAACGUUGUUACAUAAGUUCAUUUUCCAACCUUGCAUUAAGAUUUUUGUAGUAAUACUCGCCCUCAAUGUUUACAUAUAGGCGAUACAUUCUAAGACCCAACUUAUAGACCAUUCCAAAUGUCUCUCUCCCUUCUACGUCGAUGCCCUGUCGUCUCACAGAAAAAUAAAGUGCAAUAACAUGACAAUGAUAAUCCAAGGUAGUCGAUGCGGCAAGGUAACUUUUUGAUUUGACUUGAAGAAGACCUUGUAUACUGUGAUGCAUGGUCAUGCAAACGGUGAGGUUGGUGCUGUGUGUCUGUAUUGUUUGACUAAAGAGAGAGCACAAAAGAUAUAUUCAGUGUUCUUCCUUAUUUUAAGCAUAACAGGUAAAAUAAAUUUUCAAACUGGUAAAGGAAUCCUUCUACCUGUUGAAUUUUUAAGAAUUCCAAGCAAUUUCAAACGGUAAUAAAGAGGUAGUACUGGUGGUAAAUUUUUACUGGUUAUUGUCUGAAAAGGAGAACGCUGUAUAUUGACACAAAUUAAUGUCGCUAGUCAGAGCUUUAUGUUACCAUCUAAUCUCGCCAUUGUCUUUCAAGGUAAUUUCAGUCAAAUACCAGCAUCAUUUCAACAGAUGGGAGGUUUUCAACUCGGACAACAAUAUGGUGUUCAGGGUUUUGGUCCUCAUCAAGGCCAGGUGAGAUAUCAUAAUUGUAAAUAUUUUAAUACCUCCCCAUUAAAUUUAUAUUUGGUAUCAGAAAAACCCAGGAUUGAGAAUAUUAAAUUGUUUAAAAAUCUAGACAAAUUUUGUUCAUUGAGUUUGAGCUUGUAUUUAUCUAGAGGCACACCUCUUGUAUAUUUUAUAAACAGAGUUCUUUAGAUGGCUUUGCCUUCAACACCUGCUGUUGAAGGAUAGGAUUUCGUGUACUUUAAGUCGAUGUGCUUGAUGUACACUCUGUAUCCGUCAGUCUUCCAGUUGAUAAGCUUACUUUUUUUCCAAUCAGUAUACCAGUUGUAAAGUAAUUGAUAUCAGUUUAUAGUGGCUUGUUGAGUAUCAAUAGUUGGUCACUUGUCAUACAUUAGUCAGCCACUAGUCAGUAAAUUGUCCACAACCAUUGAUGGUUGGCCAACAUCUAAAUUGUUUAUCAAUAUCAUGACCAAGACACAAGCUAGCCAUCAGUGGGGUGACUUGGUUUACCAGUGGCUGACUAUUAAUGAUUUUUAGCUGACCAUCAGCCGAUCAUCAUCGGCUCUUAUCAACUAAACUUUUGAUCAUCUACCUGUCAAUAAAUGUUUUACUUAUAGUAUUUGUGAUAUCAAGGAUGUAAAGUUUGAUGUGACCAAGAGAUUUUAUGUGUUGUUCUCAAUUAUUUUUAGAGGUUUGCUGGUCCUCUUCCUGGAUAUCAGACAGGGUUACCCAUGGGAUCUCAAAUGAGUCAACAAAUGGGUCCUCAAAUGAACUCACAUGUGAGGUCUCAAAUGGAACCUCAAAUGAUAAAUGUACCUCAGAGUGGUCUUCAAAUUGGAGGAUUUCCAUCAAAUGUGCAGCUGGGUCACCAGUUUCCAAAGCAGCAACAAAUGAGGAUGGAUCAGCAAAGAAAACAAGCUGAAGAAAAUGCUAAGAAACAAGAGGAGCUAAUCAAGAAAAAGCAAUUUGAGGCUCAACAACGCAAACGUCAGCAGUCUUUCACUGCCAAAAAAUUGUCAAACCCAGAUGCUUUAAACAGCUUGUUUGGUAAAAACAAAAAUAGUGGAAAUUCGUCAAUUGCUGAUUUAAUUGGGCCCCUUGGCAAGGAGUCAGAAUCCAAGUUACAAGCAAAAAAAGCAUCCAGCAUAUGUAAGUAUUGUUAUACUUUUAAAACUCAUUUUUAGUGAAACAAUAUCAAAGAUUUAAUUUGUUAUAACUGUGCCAUAUACUAUCCAUGUUAAUAGUUUCCCGGCCUGGUGGCAGUGCCACAAGUCAGUCUUCAAAUCCCACUCAAGGCCAGUGGGGUUCAGGAUUUAUGACUUCAGGACAUUUGAAUCCCCAAGCGGGUCUGGUAAGCGGAGUGACAUCUAAUAAGCAACCUGAUGACAUGGAUGACUUUGGGGACUUUUCACAAGGACCAUCUUUUCCAGCCCAAAGUGGUGGUGGUGGUGAUGCAGAUUUCAGUGACUUUCAGGGGGCAGCUCAAGUAAUGGCACAGGGUGGAGGUUUGUUAUUUAUUACUGUUUGAAUUUUUUAUUUUAUUUUAUUCACUUUAAUUUUUUUUUGCUUUUUUCUCAUAUAUCAUUGUUAAAUUUCUUGUUAACUCUUUAAUUCCCAAGAUCUGAUUAAUUCUCCCCUCUAGCCGCUACACAUUUCCUCAUAAAUAAGUUACAUGAAUGUGGUGUUAGAUCAAGAUAACAAUUUCUACCUGAUGAGUUUGUAUGUUCUCAUAACCUGUUUGCUGGAUAGUGUUUAGAUAUUAUAGGAAGAAGUUACAUGUUAAUCUCUUCUGGGAGUUAAAUGAUUAAAUAACUUUAUGUCUUGUAAAUAGAAUAAGAAAGGUGGUAAGUUUUUUUGAUGUGAACUUUGUAAUGGGCCUUGCUUGCCACAGAGUAUGGCUCAGUGGUGGAGCAUCAGAGCAUGGAAUCCAAAGGUCUGAAGUUUGAUCCUUGUCCCAAUUUUUUUUGUCCCAUGCUUGUGACAAGACUUAAAAAAAACUCUGUCACUAACUUUAUUUUGUAUCUACCUUUAUUUAAAAGUGUGAGGUCAAGGAUUUGAUUGUUCUUUAUUAUGUUGCGGUAAAAAGUUUUACUGAUGAAAUUUAUUUUAUUUGUGACAUGAUACAUAACAUUAGUAUUUCCUUCUUAAAAGGGAAGCAUGCUCCAGAAACUAUACAAUGUAUAAUUGGAUAACUGUUAGCAUUUUUGGACUCUAAUGAGAAACCUUAUCUUUCAAUAUGGUCUUAAAAUGUUUUAGAAAUUCAACUAGGGUUGCUUCCUUUUUUAAUUGCUCAGCAACCUGUUCACUUUUCUGUGUCCCGGCAAAGUCUCACCUCUCUUCUCUCAGUCCUGUUUCCUCUGAAAAACAUGAAUUUGUAAUCCCAGACAAGGCUCACAACCAGAAUUAAUAACCUUGUUUCCAACUCACUAAACCUACAGGUAGUUCCUUUCAUGCUAUGGGUUCAGGUGCACCAGCCUCUCCUAAUGUUGGUGGCAACAUGAAUGUGUUUUCUCAAACUCAGUUAUUCCAUGGUACUAUUGGAGAACCAUCCAGGAACAUUUUUGCCACCAGUUCUGCAAAUCAAAUUCAGCACAACAGUUUUCCACCUGCACAAAAUAUGUCAGCAACUUUAUCUUUGCAUGGAGUGCAAACAACAGGUGUCUGUGCUCCAACUGCAACCUCAUGGGUUGGACCUUCUGAUGUUGCUCAAGGGAGCCAGGUGCCUCUUUUUGUGGGAGAUUCCAGUCACAGAAGCAGAAGCAUACACAGUGUAUCUACCCAAGGAGGUCAUAUAACCCAGCUUGUGGGGACUAGUGCAUCAGAGAUGGUUUCUGAUGUUGCCAAGAAUACACCAAGUGGAGGAACAAUGCCACUAACAGACACACAUCAUAAGCAAAUUGGCAUUGGAAAUCAGCAAGGAACAACCUUCCCAUUAAGCAAAUUAGCCCCAGAUAAUGUUUAUCCAUCACCUACUAUUGGCCAUUAUGGAGGUGAAACUGGUGGAGAGUCUAACUUGCAACAACAUUCAACAGAAUCUACCCAGGAAACAGGUCAGAAUGUAAGCUCUCUUACAGAGCUAAAAAUAUGAUGCUAUUAUCCUAGAAUAAUGAAAUUCUAUUAUCAGGGUGUAGUCCCAACACAAUUUUGUCAUUCAUGAAGGGUAACCAUAGAACCGAGGAAAUGAUAUGGACCUGAAAGAGAAUGUUGUCACUGACAAUUUUGGAAAGUAGUCUCGUAUUAGAUAAUGAUGUAUUGUUCAGUAAUAUUUUCAAACAUAAUUCUCUAAAAGCAAGGUAUUCAACAUUUUCAAUCAAGCCACAAAGUUGACAAACUUAGUAGAUCAUUAGCACUAUUAUGACUAGGGAGGUCUUGAAACUUAAAAAAAAUGCUGUUUCAAGUAUUUUCAAGUGAUGUUUUAUUUUUAUGUAUCUUUCAGAUACUGAAGCUGAAGACACAACUGAAAGGAAACUAGAGCUGUUGUAUGGUGUAAGUCUUCCUGAGUGGUGUGUUCAUGGUACAGACCUUCCAGGAAUUUAUAAAGAGAUAGCAGAGAGAACAAGCAAUCCAUGUGAUGAUCUUAUUGACACUAGUGGUUUGUUUCCCAUCCUCAUGGCUUCUGAUCUUCCUCGUGACCAGCUUGGUCAUAUUUGGAACCAGGCUAAUAGAGCAGUUCCAGGUCAGCUUAACAUGUUGGAACUGAGAAUUGUGUUAGGAUUGGUUGCUCUGGGUCAGGUAGAUGUUCAUUUAUUUUCAGUGUCAUUACAUAAUUAACUCUUUGUUCUCCUACAUAUGUAUUAGAUACAUGUGGAUUGGCAUAGAUAGUUUACAGAUAUUUGAAAUUUCCUAUAUAUCUGUCAAAUAUUUGCAAACAUCUUUGCAGAUAUUCUGCAGGUAUGAAUUAAAAACCAUUACAGAGAAUAUGCAGUACUGCAACAGAUAUGUGACAGAUAGGUUUAUUUGUAGCUGUCUGUUUGGCAUAGUAAAAUCAUUCAGAGGGGUAAGGGUGUGACUAAAUUAUGUCAAAGUUUCAACUGUUUUACAAAUUGAAAUAAGUUUAUAAGUUUUAUCCAAUGGGAUUUCUUCUCUAUUUACUUUGUUUGAUUGGGUAUGAGCAGAUUGUCAGGAAAACCUUUCAUAAGUGUGGUUAGGUUUUAUCAGCUAUCAUUGUCUUUUAGAUGUUAAAUGGUUGUGCAACAGUCAUGUGUGGCCCUAGAGUUUGCAGAGUUUGCAGAGUUUUCAUGACACACUGAUGUCAUAUUUCACAUUCUUUGCUCACAUAAUGUAUCACUUACAUAACAGUACAUUAGCUUGCAAUGCCAAACAUAAUCUGCUUACAGUUCAAUAUAUUGUCUACCAGCAAACAUCAGUAAUAGUGUGUUAUACUUCAUUUACCAUUAACAAUCAUGAUUCUCAGACUGUCUGAAUUUGCCCACUUACUUAGUCUUCAGUUGAAUCAAGCAAUCAACUCCACACUCUAUAUCAGGCCGAGCAUUUAUCUACCCAAAUGUGUUGGGUCACUUAAUUUGCAUUACUUUACUUUACCUGCACAAUACAUUACCUGACCUAUGUCAAUGUGGCCAAAACAUAGGAAAUGAGUAAAAGACUGGUUAGCACUUCUAUUGUUGUUAUAGUGUAUUACCUUUUUACAUUAUUACUUUUUUUAUCUUGGUAUCCUUUGUGAAAAAUUAUAGGCUGGUUUAAAAACAGAACGGCUUACUCUUGAGAAGUUGGGAACUUGUAAGGCUGCUCCUAUUCCAUCCAUUCCUGAGGAUGUGUUGCAGGUACAGGUGUAUGUCUUACUGCAUUGUGUGUACUAGUUAAACAUUAUCACAAUCAGGUGGUAUGUUUUUAAUUCAAAUAGCAGUUGACAGGAAUAGUCAGUUAGACCAAACUGAGUUCUCAAAUUCACAACUUACAGCUUUUUGCUGGUGAUAUUGUGGAAAGACUUUGUAAUUUUAUAUUAGUCUGAAAUAGCAGGACAAUGAGUUAUGUGAAACAGUUUAACAAGUUUAUUUCAUUUUAUUACAUCUACUAGAAUAAAGGGCGAGGCUGGAGUUUCUCAGAGUCGUUACAUGAAGAGUCCAAAGAUAGGGGAUCUUUAGAGGAAAAUGUAUCAAUGGGACAUCUUAGUGGUGCCUCCAGCAAUCAGACCAUUGACCCAAAUGACAGGUAUAGUGUAUUUAGGGCUGUUUCUCAACCUGAUGUGAGCAACAUUGCAGCAUCACCUUCAGUGGAGUCCAACGAAAGAUUUGGGGUAUUUCAAUCCUCUGAACAACCUGCUGUUAAUGCUCAGCUACAAAGUGGCGGAGUACCUCUAUUUCAAGCUGGUUUUGGGUGGAACAAAAAAGAAGAUGGCAAUACUAAUGAACACUUUCCUAAGGUAAUUUAGUAUUAUCAACUGAGUUGAUAACUUAAAUUGGCCACCAUAAAGAGUUAAAAGCUGAUGUUUUGAGCAUUAGCCCUUUGUCAGAGUGAUGGUAGGUAACUGUGGGUUGUGUGAGUGUUUAUAUGCAGAAAAUGGAGCUAUGCUAUAGAUGAAAAUAUGGUGACAAGCAAACAAGAGUAUAUUGGUUUAAUGAAAAGUACUUGUUGAUACCAUGGGGACUAAGAGUGCCAAUUUGAAAUAUAUUAAAUUUUUGCUCUAGAGUUGUAUGGCUUUCCAAACUGCCAAGAUGUUGGAAAAGGCCACAAACUGCCAUAUGCUGCUUAGAAUCAUUAGAUUGUCUAGCAACUGGUUUAGAUGCAUCCAUGUUAUUUCUUUCUAUGUCGCAAAGGUGUUCUUGGAAUUGGUCACCUUAAGUCGUCUUCCUGUUUCACCAAUGUAUAACUUUUUGCAAUAAGUACAAGUUAUGCAGUGGACAAUAUUGGUGAAGGUACACGUGAACUGAUCAGUGAUCUUAAUGGAUCUCUUGGGUCCUGACAUUUUCUCUACAUUAUGAAUGAAAAUUCAAGUUUUGCAUUGUGCAUUUCAAAGUUCCUCAUUGGUCAUUAAUGUGAAAUAAAAAAAGUUGCUUAAUAUGUUGUUGUGAUGUUUGAAUGAAAUUGGUGGAGACUGCAAAAAGAUAGUACUAGUCUCUGAAUCAUUUUGAAUUAAUUUAAAGUUUUUAAAAAUGAUAGAUUUAACUGUGUGGUUGUAAGGGUGAAAUGUCUGAGUGAAUGGAAUGUAAUCAAUAAUUCCCUUCUCAACCAUUUGUAGUGCAAUUUGUUGAGUGUGGUGGUGGCCUGCUUGAACAACAGAGACAGAAUAGCCAUGUUUUGUGAAAACUGGCACAUUGCCUCUGAUUUUUCCUAAGGAAGCUGAUAAACCUUCAUGGUACUUUCUUUGGAAAUAACAAGCAUAUCCCAUAUCCCAUACCUUUAACCUUAGGUGUGAUCAACCAAACCAUGUUUGAACAUGUGUUCCUCUUUCAAUUUCAUCCAUAGGAGGAUGAGUUUGGUGAUUUCCAAGGCCAGACUUACCAGAAUAAAAGUCUACAACAGGAUGACUUGGGAAAUUUCAAGAGCAAGGCAACUUUAUUUAGCAUGACAACUGAGGUGAACAAAAACUCCAGCCAAAUAAAAGAUAAUGAUUUUGGUAGUUUCCAGACAGGAAGUAGUCAGACAAGUCUAGGUUUCAAUGAUCCUCCUAUGCUUACUUCAAAGUCCUUAGAGGAGGAUUUUGGUGAGUUCCAGACUGGGAAGCAAUCUGAGACUUUUCAUGCUGCUCCUUUGCAAGAGUCAAAAAAACAAGACCAGCUGCAAACCACUGUACAAGAAUUUGAAAAUUUCAAAGGGAGUGGAAACCUUGACAACAAGAUUAAGACAUGUGAAGUAAAGGAAGUUGAAUUACCUCCCAGAGCAGCUCUCAGUAACUCUUCUGAGUUUGCAAUAAGCAAUGGUGACAACAACCUGGUGGGAAUGGAUGACUUUGGUAACUUUCAGCAUAGUCCAGGACCGAUUUCUAACAAAAUUGGUGUAAGUUCUAGUUCUCAUGGUACUGAAAAGCUUGCUUCAGCCCUGGAAAAGUUUAAACUCUCCAGUCAUUCUCCGCCAUCUGGUUUUGGAGGUGUUGAAAGUCAAAGCUUGCCAAGAUUUGAAGAUGGAGGAAGAAAAUUAACUGAAAGAAAAGAACAGGUUGAUAAUACCAAGCAGGAGUCCAAAGGAAACCAGAGCAGCUUUGUAGGUUUUCCAAUGUUGGUCAGUGACCCUCCUCAAACCACUUGUUUGACUAAGAAAACUGAGGACAGAUAUGGUGCCAUUAGAGAUGCUGAUUUUAGCUCUGGAGAUGGAAUUUUCAAUGUUCAGCAGACAGCAGUGAUGGAAGGUGCAUUGGAUGAUGAUGGAUUUGCUGAUUUUGGAGGCUUUGAGGUAGCUGACCAAUUUAAGUCUGGGAACAACAAUGACUUUGGGGAAUUUAAAUCUACAGAUGCUUUACAGAGUCAGUCCUUUGGUGUGUUUGGAAAUGCUCAACUGGAUCCACAGCCUACAACAGCUUCUGUUGAAAAUCAUAAUAAUGAUUUUGGUAGUUUUAACUCAUUUGGCAAGACAAAUCUGGCUAAACCUGCACCUGGAAAAGAUGAUCAUGAUGAAUUUGGGGCAUUUGGGUCAUUUGUUACAGGUCCAUCAAAUGUUAGCAGCAGCAGACCACGUUCCUCUUCUAAUAGUGACUCACUCAUUAACUCAGUGUCAUUGGAGCCUUCAGAACGUUACAAGGUCCUUUCACAUGAUUCUGGGGUAUGUUACAUAGAUUUUUCUUUGUUGUUUUGAAAUCAGCUGAUUGUUAAGUACUUUCUUCAGUAUAGUUAAAUAAUUUUUUUUGGUUGUUCAGUUGAGUGUCUUUUUCUCUGACAUGGCAAGGAGAGGUCUCAAUUUCCUUUAGACAUCUUUGAUUUGUUUGUUUUAACCAUAACACUUGAAGGUGGGUCUUGAGCUGGUAAACUGAGUUGUUCUGAGCACAUCAUGACUAUUUUUUUCACUUUUAAAUGGUACCAAAGAGGUAUCAACUUUAAUCCUCUGCUUUCUCUUGUCAUUUGAGGCUGAAGAGAUGCAUUUGUAUGUAAAAGUCAAUAAUAAGUAUGCCAAGAUACAUUCAAAACAUCUGAUUUUCAUCUCUAGCUGAAAAUAUGAUAAAUUAGUUUAUUGGCAUAGUGAUUGUUUAAGGCUAAGGGAAAAUUGAUGGAUAAUUUUUGUUCAGGAUGUGGAUCAACAUGCAAAUACAUGGAGCCGUUGUCUUAACAGCUGCCUUUUAACAUUGGCAACUGCUACAUUGUCAAUUCAGAAAAUGGUUGAGCAAUCUGUGAAGGAGGAGGUCCUGGGGUCCAAAGAAGGAGCCACAUAUUUUUCAGGUAUUUUUGGUGGUGUAACUUUGGAUGGUGGAGAAGAUAUGGGUAAAAAUAUUUUUGGCAAAGGAUAUGUGUUUAUCAAGUGGUAUACAUGAAGUGCAAACUUGAUUGGAGAAAGAAAGGAGGUAGAGGGACUUGAAAUGAGUGAAGAUAGCAGAUUUUGUAGCAUAAUUAUUUUCAAACAUUAUCAAAUCUCAUGUAGAUUCAAAGAAAGUAGUUCGUGUUUCAAGCUUGAGUAGAACUAUUCAAACUUGUAGGACUUAUUAGAGAAACAUAAUUGUGUUGAUAACAGAUUGCUUAAAUCUGAUAGGUUCCUAGCAACCCUUAUUUGCAGGUUAAUGAGCUGUUGCAGGACCAGCUGACUUUCUGAUUUGGCCCGUUCAAUUACAAACAAGUUGUGGACAGUUCAACAACCAAUUACUAUUAAAGAGUAAAUGUUACCACCAAUUUAGAUGUAACAACCCAGUCAGUGCCAACCAAUUAAAAUUAAGAACAAAUCAUGAGUGACAGCAGUCUUAUGCUUUAGCUAGAAACAAAAAUGAUUCAAAUAAUGAUGUGUUGCUGAGAAAAAUGGGAAAAAUUUUCAAUUGCAAAAGUGUACAAUGUGAGAAAUGUAAUUUUAAAUGGAUGUUAUUAGGAUCGUAUGGUCAAUAAAUUUGUUGUUGACACAAUGAGUAAUGCAACUUCAUGUGUACAUUUCAAGGGUACCUAUGCAAAUAAUUGUAAAUCAGUCUCAAGCUCCUUGUUCAGCCAGUUUGAGGUUACUAGCUCAAUUACUCUUCGAAUUGUCCAAUCAGUCCUUUUUGGCCAGUCAGUCCUUUUCCACUUAUUAGUAAUUGAAGAUACAGCAUUUCUCACUAGUGAUGUUUUGUUACUCUUGUAGCCAUAGUUGAAAUUUACAGAGUUACACUAAGGAUAAAUGCAUCAGUAACCAAAUCAGGUAGCUCUUUUGACUUUCUUCAGAUCUUUGUAAGAAUUAUUAUGCUUGUUUAGUAUAAAAAAAGAGAUUUGUGUAUAUGAAAAUAAAAUGAAAACAGGAAAAUGAUAAGUAAAAUGAAAUUAUGAGGAUUAAUAUAAGUCCAGACAACUUUGUGAUAAGGAUGUUAUGUAUGAAAUACUACUGAAACAGAAGUUUACCAUGUUAUGUUUAGAGUGGUGAAAUGAGAUUGCUAGAAAUUAACAGUGCUUGUUGAGGCAACUUCUCAUGAAUGUGGAAACAAAGUGUCAGUUAAAGCUGCAAUUAAUAUCUGAGGAGGAAUUAGUUAUUGGUAGAAGUUAUUAAGUUGUGACAAUGGGGCAUUGUUUGAUACUUAUUUUUCUUUUCUCAAACAAGUUGCUGUUCACUGAAUAUUUAAUGCCUUGUCUUUCCACAGCACCAAAUAACACAAAGCUGAAAGAUAUCCACCAGGAGAUUGAGAGCACAUGGAAAAACAUUGCAAACUUCCUUUCUGGUUCCACCCUUUCAGUAAGCAGCUUUUUUUUAGUAGUUAUUGGCAAACUUUGUAUCCAUAAACAAAUGCUUAAGAGUGGAUUUUAUACUACAACAAAACUUUUUAAAAUUUCACUAGCUGCACAACUAAAAUUAAUUAGGGCUAACUAAACAUGCUGGCCACAGAGAAACAAAAGGGGGUCCAAAUUGUUAAUUAUAAAUAUUAAUACAGCCAGAACCUCAUGACACAGCCCUGUAACCACCUAUGGUUCUGUUACCAACCAUUGUUCUACUUUCCAGCUUAAAAAUUUUAUUUGACAGCAUUAUUUACCCUAGUCAUCAUUGUCAUUAGGUCCAUAAAUGGCAUUCUGAUGACCAAGCGCAAGCUGAUUUUGAGCUAAAUAAGCUAUAUAUGUUAGGCAGACAGUUAUGUAGGUAACCAGAAGGGUUAUCCAUGGUAUCUAGACAAUUACCUAGGUUAACCAGAUGGCUCUUUAUGGGAACCAGACAGUUAUUGUUAGUAACCAGACAAAUAUAGUGUAUUGGCAACCAAAACAGUCAUCUUGGGUAACCAGAGAGUUAUCCAUGAAAACCAGACAGUUAUAUCAGGUGAAGAGACAGUAAUAUCAUAUUUGGUAACAAGAAAUAUAUCUUGGUAACCAGACAGUUCCAUUAGUAACCUGGCUGUUAACCAUGGUAACCACACAUUUAUCAAAGAUAACCAAACAGUCAUCUCAGGUAACUAAAAUGUUAUCUAUGGUAACCAGAUAUUUAUCUCAGGUAACCAGAUAGUUAUCUCAGGUAACCAGAUAGUUAUCUAAGGUAAUGGAACAGUUAUCUUUGGUAGUCAGACAGUUGGGGAUGGUAACUAGAAUGGCUUACAUGACUAGUUAGCUCAUGGAUACUACAGAUUUGAAGACAUACUUAGUUCUCUAUCAAAUCUCAUUUUAUUAUUAGUUAUGACAUUAAGCCUCUCUUUGCAUUCAUUAUCUAACAAUGUUUUACUUGUUUUCUGUAAUGAUAGCCACCAAGGAGUAGUUUAGAUUUCUCAACCCAUCAUGUCUCAGUUAGUGAAGAUGGACGUUCAGCUUGUGGAAUUUGUCUUUUGAAUGUUGACAAGGGUUCACAAGAUUCAUCCAAACACAGUGAUGGGAAACUCACAUAUGGAGGCAGACAGUACCAUUGCACAUGUGCAAACUUUUGGUGUAAUAGAGUGGAUUCUGUUCUUCCUGCUCUGUUGCCAAUUAACAGUUUAAUAUAACCAGUUGUUUUUACUGGCCAUGAAUGACAUCAAUGUCCAGCAUCAAUACACAAUCUUGAUACUGUAAUGUUACAGCUAUAGACUUGAAAAAUACAUUGUAAGAAUUAGAAAGUAAAAUAAAUUUCUGCAAAAGUGCACAAACCUUCAAAAGUUAACCCAACAAUCCAUCUGUUGGGAAGAAUAACUGCUUGUAAUUUAAGAACAUUCAGGUUUAAAGUAAAAAAUGGUAGAAGGCUAACUGACAAAUUAAACAGAAUGGAAUAGUAAAACAUGUAUUUUAGAUAAAUAAGGUUGAUGAAGAAUACUAAAGUAUCAUCCAUCAGUAUUUUAAUCAUAAUUUAUUGGAAAGAUAUAGUGAAUAUACUUGUUAGGUUGUGAGGUUUUGGUAACUAGAAUUCCAAUCCAG